CCAAGAUUUUGUCCAUUUUCUUCUUUUCUCUCUCUACUUCCCAUCUCUCUCUAGUUCUUGAAUCUCCUCCUUUGGGUUUUCGAUCGGGUUUUCACGGUCGAAGAGUGUUUUUAAUGAGUAAAUUGUUAAUGAAUUAGGUCGAAUUCUCCUUUACAGGGUUUCGAAUUCUAAUCCAACAAGAAAAAACAAUUCGAUCGCUGUUUUCUUCUUCUUUUUCUUUCUCGAUUAGGGUUUCGUCGAUUCGUGAUAAUAUUUCGAGGGUUUGAUUUGAUUCGUAUAAAGGUUCGCUCUUGAUUCUUUCUUCUUGAAUUUGAUUGUUUUUUUAGGUUAUUAAUGGAAAUUGGUUAGGUUUUUGUUGAUAUUGGUAUCGAUUUGAUUGAUUUUUUGGCUUCUGGUGGUGGUGGGAGUUAAGGGGGAUUGUUAAGUUUUCAAAAACAAGAAACUCAGUGAAAAUUUUGGUGCUUUGUUUUUAAUAUGCUAACCGAAAUCGAGGGUUAUUCUUGUGAUGUUUAAAAUCUAGGGUUUUGAUUUAUUAUUAUAUAGUGUGAGAAAUAUUCUAUAAUCUAUAUAGGAUGACCUUGAAUUUUUCAAGGCGGGUCUUUCCCAGUAAGCCAUUGGAAGAGAAUUCGGGGAUUAAAAUCGGUAAUGGUUACGCUAUGGAUGGAGGAUUUUCAGAGAAGAAUGUGGGAGUAGAUGGGUAUGUACGAGCUCACCACUGUCAUCAUUAUGCUUGGGAUUUUCUUGGGAAUUCUUUUGAUUCUGGAAAAGAUAUAAGGGGUGGUGGGGACAGGGUGAAUUCGCUUGAUCGUGCUGACAUUCUUGAUAUCUUACCUGCAGAUCCUUUUGGCAUGAGUGCAACUUUUACAGCAGCAAUUACCGGAUGGAUCGAAGAUUUUGAAACUUUCGAAACUGAUAGUUUGAGUUUUAUCUGGAAUAGUGCUAUGAAGAUUCAUUCGGAUAAUGAGGGGGGGAUGAUGAAUGAGAGAUUAAACAAUUCAUCUUGUAGAUUUGGGGAGAGAACUGGGGAGGAGUUUUUGAGUUUGGACAAUGGUGAUACUCGGUUUGAUAGCAAUCAUAGAGAAGCUGCUGGGGAGAUUGCUAGUGCUAUGGAUAUAGAUGGAGGAUGUCCUGAGGGUUUACUGUUUGCCCUUAGCUAUCUGAAUUCACAGGAUCUUCUGUCUGUUGAAAGGGUCUGCAAAUUAUUGCGCUCAACUAUUCAGGGUGAUGCUCUUUUGUGGAGGGAUAUUCAUAUUGAUCAGCCAUUGAGUGAGCGGAUUACAGACGAUGGUCUUCUUCAACUAGCUAGCAGGGCUCAAGGAAGCUUGAGAACUCUGAGUCUGGUGAAAUGUUCUAGGAUAACAGAUGAUGGUCUGAAACGUGUGCUUGAAAGCAAUCCAACAUUAAUCAAGCUGAAUGUCCCAGGAUGUACAAAACUAACCGUUGAGGGGAUCGUGAAAAGCUUGAAGACUUUCAAGUCUACUAGUACACCAGGGAUUAAACAGCUAAGAGUUGGUGGACGUUAUGACGUGACACAGAUACACUUCGAAGAGUUGAUGUCCUUGAUAGGUGCGGACGGUUGCAAAGAGAAGUCCAAUGUUCUCAAGCCAAGGUUCUAUGGUCAGUAUUCCCUACCUUGUGAUGAUGAUUGUGCCAUGGAUAUUGAGGCUUGCCCGAAAUGUCAGAUGUUCCGGAUGGUUUACGAUUGUCCAGCAGAGAGCUGCCAAGGUAAAAAGAUGGAAUCUCAGUUAUGCAGGGCAUGUAAGUUUUGCAUUUCACGGUGUUAUCAAUGUGGUCGGUGCAUCAAUGGCAUCGAAUAUGAGGAAACAUUUUGUUUAGAGCCGCUUUGCUCAGGUUGCUGGAAGCAGGUCAUGAACUGCCAAGAGACCAGAUACUGUCUUCGUCUUUUUGGCUAGGGGCAUAUAUCAACAGCUUUAGUUUGGAUAACAAAGCUCAAAUGCAGUCAUGUUUUUUUUUCUGUGCUUCCUAGUCAGCAGGUUAUCGCUUCACGUUUUUGAUAGAUUUCAGCUGUAGAGUGUAGAAGAUUAGUCUUACCUUGGGUAACCACUGGUUACUAAUGGUUUGCUCGGAAGGCAAUUGACUCAACAAAAAUUAUACAAAAAGUAAAAAGAAGAAAACAAAAAUAAAAAAUUGUACAUACAGAAGUAAGCAAAACUUAGGGUGGUGUUGGGGGGAGAGGCAUCACAAUCUGGAUCUCACAAGGAACUGACUUUUUAAUCGUAUUUCAUUUGUUACGACACAAGAAUUCUACUGGAUCAGAUGUUUUGGCAGUGGAGUUUGCAGAUUUUUAACAUCUAGUGAAAUGGAAAAAAAAAAAGGAAAAAGAAGAAAGUUCUUUAUAAUUGAGAUUGAA